AUGGAUGAACAGCGAAAAGCCGAAUAUGAAAGCCAGAGUCUCCAGUUGCGUGCAGAACUGAAGCAAUUCGAGGCAGAAUGGGCCCAAAAGAACGACGGCAAGAAGCCGUCCCGUGAAGCCAUCAAACAGAAUCCGGAUAUUGCCCAGAAAUACAAGCAGUACAACAAACUUCGCGACAUACUCUCCGGAAAGAUCCCUCCUCCCACCAGGAGCGACAACCAAGACCCAAGCCAACGCAAGCGCAAGCAACCAGACACAUCCCUCCCAUCCGCCUCGACUCCCUCCAAACGCAACAGGUCUGCCGCUACCCCCAAGUCACAACACUAUUCUGCCGUACAUGAAGCGAUCACUCCAGAUGUAGCGAGGAAACUCUUCAGUCCCGCCGUUCCCUCUUCGAUUGGGCCUACCCCCCAAAAAGAUGGCCGUGUUCUCGGUCUUUUCGAUCUUAUAUCCCAUACCCCAUCCAAAUCGACAGAUGAAAUCAAACCACGAGCAUCCGGAUUUACAGCUACGCCAAGUAAACGCCGCCAUGCCCUCGACCUCGAGAACGACAAGGAUGAUGAUGAUCAUGACGAGAAGGACGGCAAGGAAUUCAUAACCCCCAGCAUCCCGCGACAUCGUAACCUCGACAGAACCCCAUCCUCCGGGCGCAAUCGAAACCUCCUCGAUAGCUUCCUCGGAGUCCGUGCUACCAAGACAUCCACACCACUAAACAAGAACACUGGGAACUCACCCUCGAAAAACAACCUCACCAAGACACCAUCCGGCGAGCGGUCGGUGUCCAAGCUGCAGUUCGCCACACCCGCUUUCUUGCGUCGUACAUCUGCGCCGCUACCACCCGUGGACGAAAAUGGCGAGUGGUUGGACAUUGAGCCCUUGAAGCUCCCACGAAAACCGUUCAGCAUAGCAAAAGGGAAAGGGCUUAGCAGCGUGGUGGCCAGCCUACGGAAGAUGGAGGAAGAAAAGCUGGAUGAGGAGCUGGAUAUGUUGAGGGAAAUGGAGGCGAUGGAACAGGGCGGAAUGGGUCCUCCACCACCAAAGAAGACGGUUGCAUCGACAAGUGAAGAUACGGAGAAGAAGAAGCAAGUAACAGACCCUGCGGGGGCAGAGGUUGUACCAGAAGAGGAGAACAAUUUCGAGGAGGACGAGGCAGCUCUAAUUGAAGUUGAAGCGAGCUUCCUCGAAUCACGAUCAUCAAAGAGGAAGAAAGAGAGGCGACCGGUUCUACUGAGCGGCUUCGAUGAUGAAAAUUUCUACGACAGUCAAGAUGAGGAGGACCUGAGCAAGGAGGGAUUGGAUCGCAAUGGGCAGCCACUACGAGUGUUCAAGAAGAAGGGACAAAAGAGGACGACCAGGAAGGUCAACAUGCGACCGACAAGGACAAAACGACCCAGUGCACCAAUUGCCGAGGAAGAGGAUGACGGUGUGGAAGAACACAACGACGUGAUACCGGAAACUCAGUUCGACGCGACCAAGAACCUGGAUGGCGAUGAUCACCACACUCUGGAUUCGUUGUCGUCCGGCGGAUCAGGAUCGGAAUUUGAUGAUGGGUCAGAAGGCGAAGAUGAAGAAGCGGGGGCGAGCACUACAAAGGCUGCAAAGGCUGCCGCAAAGAAAAAGGCGCCGCCGGCAAAGGAAAAGACAAAGAAGGAUGCGACUACGGAGACCAAGAAGAAAAAGGGAACGAAAGAAGGUGGUGAUGAAGAACCAGCUAAGAAGCCGCGCAUGGUCAAGGCUACAGCAAAUGCGAACUUCAAGAGGUUGAAGCUGAAGAAUAACGGGGCAAAGGGAGGGCCAGCUCAUAACAGCCGGUUCAGGAGGAGGAGGUAGUAGAGGGAUGUUACCCAUAUGGAACGGUAAAGAGGGUGAUGAAGAGAUGAGCUAUGAUACUGCGUCCUACCUUCUUGGUGUCACUGAGCGUGAAGUGCAUAGAACUAGACUAUCCUUAAUGGUAGAACAUAACAACC